AGACUUGACUGUGGUGGGCUUGAAAAAAGCUGUUUUGAAGAAAGUAGAAGCUAACAACGAUAAAACUGUGCUGACUGUAGUGAUUGAGACUCCAAUCGAAGUUAAGGGGGUUUACACUGCAGGAGGUUCUCUCCUUAGCGUACCUGUCGAGGGACAUGGUCAGACGGAGAUGAAAACUGAAAAAGUGAAGCUCACAGUGAAAGCUAAUCUGCAGAAAUUCAAUAAGAAUGGCGCCGAACACUACAAAAUUGCAACAUACGAUUUGAAAUUCAACUUUAUUGAGCAAUUAUUCAUUGAAUUCCACAAUCUGUUCAACGGAGAUAAUACCAAAGCUGAUCCUAUCCGUGCGAUCAUCCGUGAGAGUUGGAGGGAUCUGGUGCCCGAAAUUGGUAAACCCAUCAUCAAGGAGCUUGCGGACAUCGUGAUCGCUGCAAUGAACAAGUUCCUGGCAGGGCUACCCAUUGAUGAACUGGAAAUCAUUGCAUAAAAGCACUGGAAAAAUUAUUCGUUUAAAAAUUAUAAACGUUGCUAUUUCACAGAUUAUAUAGUUGCAUAUUUUUGUUGUAAUAGUUUUAAUAUAAAUUGUUUUUUUUGUUAUGUUCAAAUGGUUAUAAGAUUGGCAUCUUUAAAACAUAAAAGGAAUGCUUAUUUUUUUACAAUAUACCGACAAGUUUGAACAAAAAAUUCAUUAGAAAUUCUCAACUGAAAUGUUAUUGUUAAAUAAAUGAAUAUAAAUAAAAA